GUAUAGGUUUUGUUUUCUGUGAAAGGAAACGUCCUCCGAUACUUUCAUUGACCAAUGUGGCAUAAGCCAAUGAAGGCAGAGUAGCGCGCAUCCAAGUGUGGAGAUAGUAGUUACACAUUACCAUCUGAGAUUUAAGCAAUGGCCUCUGCAAAAAUGAAUACUAAAGGUGUGAAAAGAAACAUUGAAAAUGAGGCAUGUACUUCAUAUGGCCACACUGUAGAAGGGAAUAAGCGUCUCUGUAUCAGUGCAGCCGACAGAAGAACAGAUCAGAGGUCCUUACACAAGGCAAAACUACUUAUGUCACAAGUCAUACGCAAACUACACUCAUUUCCUCAUUCUAACGUCAACGAAGAAUUCAUUCAAUACAUUGAGUCGAUGAUAUCAAAGCUUGAUGCAACCUCUAAGAAGAAAACCACAGUGGGUGUGUUUGGUAAAUCGGGAGUGGGCAAGAGUUCCUUGAUAAAUACCAUCUUGGGAGAGGAAGACCUGUUGCCAUCAGGAACCAUCACUGCAUGCACUUCAGUCAUUAUUCAAGUUGAGUUCAGCACAACUGACUCCAACUACACAGCAGAGAUUGACUUCAUUCCCAAAGAGGAGUGGGAAGAGGAGGUUAAAAAACACUUAGAUGCCUUGUCACAAGCCAAAGAGAACGAUGAAGAUGAAGACGAAGAUGAAGAUGAAGAUACAUUGAGCACAGGUCAGGAGAAAGUUGAAGCGGUUUAUGGGGAUAUUAGACGAAAUGCAACCCUGGAAGAACUGAUGGAUGAACAGAAUUUUGCAGCCAUCCCAGAAUUCCUUGUGUCAUCCAAGAAAAGAGUGUCAUGCACCACUGCCGCUGAACUUUCAGAAGAGAUUAACCACUUCACAAGGUCUGAUGAUACUAGCCCUGGGCAGUACUUCUGGCCACUCGUAAAAACUGUCACCAUCAAGAUACCCUUUGGCAAAAGCUUUGACAACAUUGCCUUAAUUGACCUUCCUGGCACUGGAGAUUUCAAUAAAAGCAGAGACGAAAUGUGGAAGAAGUGCUUAAGCAGAUGUUCCACCGUGUGGAUUGUCAAUGACAUGAACCGGGCUGCAACUGACAAGGAGCCAUGGAAGAUUCUCACCAGCUGCGUCAAAGACAUGGGGCAUGGCGGAGAGUGCAACAGCAUCACUUUCAUCUGCACAAAGACGGAUGACAUCAACCCCACUAAAUAUGUGAAGAACUAUAAGUUGAAGGAUGAAGAUCUGGAUGUCACAGCAUCAAAGGACUCAGUGGAGUAUGGUAAACAGCUGGAACGGGCCUGUAUACUACACCGGAAUGAAAAAGCCAAGGAAAAAGUCAGGACAAUGUUUUCCAAACAAACUGACAUACAGAAUCAUUUCACGUGUGAUGAGGACUUCUUCAAGGUCUUCACAGUUAGCUCCCAGGUUUUCCAACAGAGGGAAGAAAAAUGUAUUUUGACUCAAGAGGACACAGAAAUCCCAAAGCUUUGGGGACUGCUGGAGAAACUUGACAAUAGUUGUCAGAAAACAUCAGUAAAGGAUUACAUUCAAGGAGCACAUGGUAUUCUGUCGCUGAUUCAAGGUGCCAACAGCAAUGCCUCUGAGACUUUGGAGGUAAAACAUGAUGUUCUUAGGGCUCUGAAACAAAAUCUGGUAGAAGAACUGGACUACCUGAAGGCAUUCUUCAUUAGACAGUCCGAUCAUCUGGAGUUAUGCCUUUCUGAAGGGGUUACAGAAUCAGAGAACCUUUCCCUGGAAACUGCUGAUAAAGACGUCAUAAAAACAAAAAUAAAGGAUGCAAGGGGAUAUCAUCGGACACUCAAGGCUUUGUGUGAGAACAACGGCUUCAGGAGGACUAAAAAUGGAUUAAUGAUAGAUCUGAAUGCAUCUCUUGCUACCCACAUGUACAAACGUGUUGAUGGACAAUUUCAAAAUAUGUUCCCAUGGAAUGACCCAGUGACAGGAAAACCAGACAAAUCAAUUAGAGGGAUGCUGCACAGAUUCAACAUCAUCAACAGUGACAUCACUGAGCUUUACGGGGAAUCUCCUGUGUCACUCAACCUGACAUUCAUUAAGACUCAGCAAAACAGACUGAUCUCAAGAAUUGAGGACAACAUUUUUGAAAGGAAAAAGAGAAUCUACACUUCUCUCUAUGAGUCCAUUCUCUGCACAAUGCAACAAGUUUACCCAGAGGCAGCAAAAGUAUUUGGAAGGAAUUCUUUCACUGCAAAACAGAAGUUGUUGAUAGACCACAUUGAGAAAUCAAAGCCAGACAUGUUUACCAGAGCCAAAACAACCAUGUUGGAACUCUUUGAAAACCUGACAGAAUACAUCGAAAACACUUUGAGAGAAGAGUUAGAUAGCAUUAUAACACUUGCCCUUACCAAUAAAGAUGGGGUGCCUCUUCCAGAUAUCAAUCAGGAGGUGAAAGAGAUGGAGUCGCUUGCCUCCAGUUUUGUCGACCUUCAGCCAUGAGGAAAUGCAGACAAACAAAAACCAGCAAGUGUAGCAGCAAUGUCUAGUGUUUCUUCUCAUAAGUUUUUAUUUUAUAUCCUUACAUAUGUCUCAACCUGUCACCUUGUGAAUUAGUGUAGGUUAUCUUUUUUUUACCUUUUUUAAGUAAAGUACCGGUAUGUGUCUUUUGUUGUGAUAGGAAAAGCUUUAGUUUAUCCAUAAAUUGAAACAUUUGUCUGAAACACCCUUGUAUC